UGUUACGUCGGCAUGAGAAGGAGAAAGAAAAACAGCUUCACAGGCCGGUUUUUGUGAUAACAGAGGACGAAUACAAGUAUCUCAGCACUGUUCGUUGUCCCUCGCUGGCGGCACGAUGCCACGAUGAGCUCGUGUUGUUGCUUGUUGUAACGUAGGGUGAAGAGAAGAAGCUCGUUAGCUCGUUAGCUUAGCCACGCAGUCUGACACUACAUCACGAGCCUGUAGCUAGCUGGGCUCUCCCCUCUCGAAAGCAAUCAUGCCACAGAAAGUCAAUCUGUGUUCAGUUUCCCUUGGAGUGGUGGGAAUGACUUGUGGCUCCUGUGUCCAAUCCAUCGAGCAGCGCAUCGGGUUGCUCCCUGGAGUGAUACGUAUAAAGGUGUCUUUAGAGCAGAACAAUGCCACGGUCAUAUUUGACCAAAGCCAACACAGCCCAGAGUCUCUGUCCGAGGCCAUCGAGGACAUGGGCUUUGAAUCAAGUCUAUCAGACUCCAGCACAGUCACACCUGUCUCUACUGAUACCCAGCUGAUCCCCACCUCGAGCCUGACAUCGGCAGCUCAACAUGAUGCUUUGGAGAAGCUAUCCCAGUUUCAGGGAGUGUUGGAUGUCGGAAAGAGCCCAGACCAGAUGGGCAUCACUGUUACCUUUGUUCCUUCCCUGACUUCUGCACAGCAGCUGAGUGAGGUGGUGGCUAUCUCAACACCUCUGGAGAAGCCCACAACCAGCUGUCCAAUGCAAAAAGGCCCAGCCUUGUCUCCAUCUCAGAACACAGGAGGGGGGGUGGCGCUUCUUAAGUUGAACAUUGAAGGAAUGACCUGUCACUCCUGCACCAGCACAAUUGAAGGGAAGAUUGGAAAACUGAACGGGAUUGAAAAGAUCAAAGUUGUGUUAGAGACUCAGGAAGCUUCACUCGUGUACCUGCCCUCCCUCAUCACAGUCCAAACCAUCAUCAACCAGAUUGCUGUGGCCGGCUUCAAUGCAUUUGUCAAGUCCAAGCCUCGGCCUUUGCAGCUGUCCCUCAGUGAAAUCCAACGUUUGGUUGAUUCUCAAAAAACAACUGCUUCUUCACCGUCAGAGGAGACGGAAAUCUUCAUAGACACAACUCUUAUUGCACUAGAGGUAAAAGGCAUGCACUGCCGUUCAUGCGUGGUCAAUAUCCAAGACAAUAUCUGUAUGCUGCCUGGUGUCUCCUCUGUGGAGGUCUCUCUGGAGAAGGAGAAGGCCUCCAUCUGCUAUGAUCCUCUAAAGGUCACUGUGACUCAGUUGCAACAGGCCAUUGAGGCGCUGCCUCCAGGACAUUUCAAGGCUCAAACCUGGGAGUCCUCUGGCCCUCUCUGUUCUGAUUCGCCCACGCCUGCCUUAUCGCCACCUCGGCCUGCACGAGCAACCCAGGCAAAACCUGCUGCCUCUCAACCUUGCUUUAUCCAGCCAUUAGCAUCUGUAGUUAAUAUUCACAUUGAGGGCAUGACAUGCAACUCCUGUGUCCAGUCCAUCGAAAGCAUGAUUUCCCAAAGGAAGGGGGUGAUUUCAGCCCACGUCUCUCUGUCUGAUCACAAGGGGACCUUUGAUUAUGAUCCCCUCCUGACCACAUCAGAGGAGCUGAGGGAGGCCGUAGAGGACAUGGGCUUUGAUGCAUUCCUACCUGAGACCAACUCUCUGCUGCCUGCACCAAAUCCCAGUCUCUCUAAGUCUUUGAGUCUUUCACAUGUGAAAGAUAAGGAGUUGGACAGUGACCUACACAAAGAAACCCUUCAAAGACACGACAAAGACACACACUCCAAAUGCUACAUCCAGAUAGGAGGGAUGACCUGUGCUUCCUGUGUGGCAAACAUCGAGAGAAACCUCAAGAAUGAAUCUGGUAUCUACUCAGUGCUGGUAGCACUAAUGGCCAGUAAAGCAGAAGUGCGUUAUAACCCUGAGCUCAUCGACCCUGUGAAAAUAGUUGAAUAUGUGAAAGAGCUGGGCUUCACCGCCUCUGUUAUGGAAAACUACGAAGGUUCAGAUGGAAACCUAGAACUAGUGGUCAGGGGAAUGACGUGCGCCUCUUGUGUUCACAAAAUUGAAUCCAGUCUCAUGAAAGAAAAGGGGAUUAUAUAUGCCUCUGUUGCCUUGGCAACCAACAAAGCACACAUUAAGCACGACUCGGAAAUUAUAGGGCCACGAGAUGUCAUCAAGCUGAUCGAGAAUCUAGGGUUUAAAGCAUCUUUGGUGAAGCGAGACCGCACCGCCAGUCACCUGGACCACAGCCCAGAGAUCCGACAGUGGAGGAAAUCCUUCCUGGUGAGCUUGUUUUUCUGUGUCCCUGUGAUGGGCAUGAUGACCUACAUGAUUAUCAUGGACCACCAGAUGAAUGUUCAUCAUCACAAUGCCACAGUGGAGGACCGCAAUCACUACCACGCCGCCAUGUUCCUGGAGAGACAGCUGCUCCCAGGGCUCUCCAUCAUGAACCUCCUCUCCUUCCUCUUUUGUGUGCCUGUACAGUUUAUUGGAGGUCGCUACUUCUACAUUCAAGCCUACAAAGCAGUCAAACACCGAUCUGCAAACAUGGAUGUGCUAAUUGUUCUGGCUACCUCCAUAGCCUUCACCUACUCACUGGUCAUCCUCAUAGUUGCCAUGGUGGAGAAGGCAAAAGUCAACCCCAUCACCUUCUUCGACACACCACCAAUGCUCUUUGUUUUUAUCUCCCUGGGGCGCUGGCUGGAACAGAUAGCCAAGAGCAAGACAUCGGAAGCUUUGUCCAAGUUGAUGUCUCUCCAAGCCACUGAGGCCACAGUGGUCACGCUCGGCAGCGACAAGUCCCUUAUCAGUGAGGAGCAGGUGGAUGUCGAGCUGGUGCAGAGGGGCGAUGUGGUGAAAGUCGUUCCUGGAGGGAAGUUCCCAGUAGAUGGGCGGGUCAUUGAGGGACACUCCAUGGCCGACGAGUCACUGAUCACAGGUGAGGCCAUGCCAGUGACGAAGAAGAUUGGGAGCAUUGUGAUUGCAGGCUCCAUAAACCAAAAUGGCUCUCUGCUCGUCAGUGCUACCCAUGUAGGCACGGACACCACGCUGUCUCAGAUUGUCAAACUUGUAGAGGAGGCUCAGACUUCAAAGGCUCCCAUCCAGCAGUAUGCAGAUAAGAUCAGUGGCUACUUUGUCCCCUUCAUUGUUGGCAUAUCCGGCCUCACGCUGAUCGUCUGGCUUGUCAUCGGGUUCCUCGACUUCGCUCUAGUGGAGAAGUACUUUCCUGGUUACGACAAGAGCAUUUCCAAAGCUGAGGCAGUGAUUCGUUUCGCCUUCCAGGCCUCCAUCACAGUGUUAUGCAUCGCAUGUCCCUGUUCCCUUGGCUUGGCAACCCCGACAGCUGUGAUGGUGGGCACAGGGGUCGGAGCCCAAAAUGGCAUCCUGAUAAAGGGAGGAGAGCCGCUCGAAAUGGCUCAUAAGAUCCAGUCAGUGGUGUUCGAUAAGACUGGGACCAUCACGUAUGGCGCUCCGAAGGUUAUCCAAGUCAAGAUAGUUGUGGAGGGGAACAAGAUGCCUCGUACCCGACUGCUGGCCAUCGUGGGUACAGCGGAGAACAACAGUGAACACCCUCUGGGAGCAGCUAUCACCAAAUACUGCAAACAGGAGCUCAGCACAGAGUCUCUUGGCGCAUGCACCGACUUUCAGGCAGUGCCCGGCUGUGGCAUUCGGUGUCGGGUCAGCAACACAGAGACCCUACUGAAACAGGCAGACAGCGACAGCGAGGACAACAAUCAGUGCAACAACGUCCUUGUCCAGAUCAGUGACACCAGGAUGUUCACUAGCUCCCAUCCACUCAUCAUGGAUCCACAGCCACUAAGCCUAGUCCAGACUGCCAACUACGUUGUGUUGAUUGGCAAUAGAGAGUGGAUGAGAAGGAAUUGCCUGCAAGUUAGACCGGAUAUAGAUGAGGCCAUGAUGGAACAUGAGCGCAGAGGACACACUGCUGUUCUCGUAGCUGUAGAUGAUCUGUUGUGUGCGAUGAUAGCUAUAGCAGACACAGUGAAGCCGGAGGCUGAGCUGGCUGUUCACACUCUGAUCAACAUGGGUCUGGAAGUUGUGCUGAUGACUGGAGACAACAGCAGGACGGCACGUGCCAUCGCAGCUCAGGUGGGCAUCAAGAAGGUGUUUGCAGAGGUGCUGCCCUCCCACAAGGUUGCUAAGGUGGAGCAGCUGCAGCAGGCAGGAAAGAGAGUAGCCAUGGUGGGCGACGGGGUCAACGACUCACCCGCUCUGGCCAUGGCUGACGUGGGCAUUGCCAUAGGAACCGGGACAGAUGUGGCCAUAGAGGCAGCAGAUGUGGUUCUGAUCAGGAACGACCUCCUGGAUGUGGUGGCCAGCAUUGACCUUUCUAAAAAGACUGUCCAGAGGAUCAAGAUCAACUAUGUUUUUGCUCUUAUCUACAACCUGGUUGGCAUUCCUAUUGCUGCUGGUGUGUUCCUUCCCAUUGGUCUGGUGUUACAGCCGUGGAUGGGCUCCGCUGCCAUGGCUCUGUCAUCUGUCUCUGUGGUGUUGUCCUCCCUGCUACUCAAAUGUUACACUAAGCCCACUGCUGAGAAGUUGGAGGCCAGACUGGGGAACAGCAGACGUCAGGGAAGCCUGUCAGACGUCAGCGUCCACAUCGGCAUGGGCGAGAUGCGCCGCCCCUCCCCCACACUCAGCCUGCUGGACCGCAUUGUGAACUACAGUCGCGCCUCCAUCAACUCCCUGCGCUCGGACAAACACUCCCUCAACAGCCUGGUGCUCAGUGAGCCUGACAAACACUCCCUGUUGGUGGGGGAGGCGCAGUGUGAAGACGACUUUUGCUGAAUACAUGAGGCUCACGUGGGUCCGCAACAACUUUUAAAUAACUGCAGAGGAAGUAGAUGGUGAAUGCAUUUCUUAAAGGCUGAGCUUCGAGGGUCACACUGAACAACCGUCCAUCCAUCUGCUGUGGAUGCCUCAGGGCAGCACUGUGGACGUACAUGCCCCCUCGAUUUCUUUUCGCUCAGCUAGCUAAUCACAUGCACUUCAGAGCUUGAGGGGGGGGGCUUUCCGUCCCUCAGUUGCAGAGUGUCUUUUGUAGAGGUCACCACCCUCGGGCACUCUCUGACCAACCCUUUGACACUGCGUGCACGGACAUGAAGCAUCCAGCCAGCCGACCACAACCAGGAAGCAGAAAGAUGAUCAGCACCGCUGCCAGGACAAUCUUUAACACCUCUCCAAAGACAGUGGUGCCCCGUAUAAGAGAGGACACGACUGAAUUCUAUUUAAACUCAUUUCCUUCAAUGAAAGAUUAUGAUAACGCUGUUGUAUAAUUCUAUUCUUGAGUAUUUAUAUUACCCUUAUUUAUCUGUUUUUUCAUUAUACCCUUUGUGAAAAAUGAAGUUGUUGAAUCCAAAUGCAAACUUUCUCAUUCAAUCUCCUAAACUGUGUAGUUACUGAGCGAGGCAAAGAAGCUCAGUCGGUGAAAAGAAGUCUUGUAACUUGCUGGAACCUGAUUUUGUUUUUGCAGAGUGCUAAUGGAGUGAGUUAUAAAUGACAAUGUUACCCAAGUGCCAAUUGAAGUGCCACCUUGGCAAAGUGCAACACAUUCCAAAGAUAGCGCUGCACAGAGGUCACCUUGGACUGAGCGAGAACAGAUUCGCCAUCGCUGCAGACACGGGGACGGGGGACGGCAGCUAGAGAAGACUCGUCAGAUGUUUCUGUCGUUGCGUCUGCCUCUUUGCCUCUUUGCCUCAUGAUGCCGAUGUCAGUCACUGAAUGUGAACAUUCGUCACUGUUUAACUGAAAUGGAACUUGUUACAUGGAUGACUUAGUUUGUGCUUGAAUUACUUUAUUAACUCGUUGCAAAGAGAAGGUUUUGUGUCGAGUUUGUUAUGAAAAAGCCAAAGACAUUUUGACUCGUCACAUUAGGAAAAGUACAGGUGUAAAUAGUCAAAUGAAUGAAGAAGGCUGCAUUCCAUUUCGCUGCUUUAGUUUGAUAUUGUCCAUGCUGGCCCACUUGGGAGGGACACAUGCUUUGAACAGAGUCGCUCUUUUCCUACUAUGAAAAGUCCAAAUGUCUGCUGUGGAAAAAAAGCCUAUCGCAAAUGCAUUUGUGUCUUUCUGUCGUCCCACUAGAUGAGAUGAUAUUGUUUCCAGGUAUAUAUUUCAGUAGUGUAUGUCUUUGUGCUUAGUAGAGAAAUGAGAAUCACACCGUUGCCCAGAAAAACACCGAUGUGUCUCAGCAGUGCCACCAAACAAGUUACUGAGAGACGACUGAUGAUGAAUGAGCAGAACGAUUGUUACAAAUCACACAGUACAAGUUGUAUAAUUGAGACCUCUUUCAAUCGUAGACAGCUAAUGUUAAACUGUCUAUGCUUUGUUAUUUUGUCCUGUAAAAGUUGAACAAAGAUUUUCUGCAUUACUUUAUUGACUCGGUCAACUCAGGAGAUAAUCACUGCAGUCCAGCUAUUCCUGUGAUGUUUGUCUGAUCCCCUCUAGUAAUGAUUUUGGAUGAUAAAAGGAGCCAUCAGUUUGUCCUGCCACUUUCCCAUGAUGCAUUGUGUUCUGUAGCUGUCAAAGCGCUCUGUGCAAUUGUGUUUGUGCUUUGCUUUGUAAAGACGUCCGUCGUAUGGCUUCAGUUCUGUGUGCAGUCAAAUGAAGCAAGUUUUCUGUGUUUCAUUGUUCUGAACAUUAUGUGCCUUGGAAUAAAAAAACACUUUUAUAACGUCA